AGAAGAAUUCAAUAUCAUAAAAUAAACUUCGGCUAUGUUGAUCAUCCAAUCAGAUUUCCUCGGAAAUUAUUUAGAGGGAUACGUGUGGUACAAAACGCAAUUGGUAUGUGGGGGAGAAAACGUUUUGCUUUGCUGUAAUGGAGACCCCAUUAAAUUCUACAAACAUCAUCUUUCAAGACGAUACGGAAAUACAGGAUUUGUUAAAACAACUCAAUGAUGCCAAAACUGAACUACAGCUUACUAAAGACGAGGUGGGGCGAGUAAACAAAGAUGUUAACAAAUGCAGAGAGGAGAUGGACCGAAGGAUAAUGAUGAUGGUCCAGAUAGACGAAGGCCUCUGGAAUUCACUGCUUGAACUGGAUGCUCUCAUGCAGGAGAAGAAAAGUCUCGCCAAUCAGUUAGAAGAAUUCACUUUGACUAGGACUGUGGAGUCAAAGCAAGCUCUUGUGAGAAGUUUGCAGGAGGAGGAAAGCGGCCUGCUGGAGCAGGAGCGUAAUCUGAAGCUCAAACGUGAGCAGCUGCUGAAAGCACUGGCGGAAGCUUCUUCAAACACAGAGGAAGUUUCACAGGGUGAAAAUCUAGGCAAACCAGGCUCAUCCAGCCAGAGUAAGUCUGAAAAGCCAGUGAGAAAAAGAGGAGCACGGAAGUGAACACAUCAAAAAAUGCAACACAACAUUUAUGUUUGAUAUUUAGUAAAAUGAAGCUGCAAUAAAGAUGUAAAAUUAUAGCGA